AUCUACACAACUUGACUCAAAUCAUCAUCCAACCCUUGCAAACAUCCAUCUUAGCUAUGCUCUUCUCCUUUGUCUCGCUCCUCGCGAGGUUUCUCGCGCUCGCAACACUCUCCAGUGCCCAGACCACUACUUCUAGUACCUCUGUAUGCCCGUCAAUCGUGAGCGACAUACCAAUUCUGACUACGUUGUCGCUCACCGCCGAACCUACUAGAACCUUCUACCAGUUCUUGCCGCCGGCCUAUACGGGAGGUCCCAGCCAGUCCGCGCUUCCCGUCAUUCUCUCUUUCCAUGGUGCCAGUCGGAACGCCACAGAGCAGGCCGGGCUGGACCGCUUCUGGGACCCAGUCUUUCAAGGUUCCACGCCCUACAUUGUGAUCUAUGCAGAAGCACACAAAACUACGUGGGAGGGUACACCAAACAUCAUAGAUAACGAUACAGGUUAUACCGGCAAUAUUCUAGAUCAGAUCAACGCAAGUCUCAGCAUCGACUCGGAGCGUAUCUUUGGCUCGGGGAAGAGCGAUGGGGCCGGGUUCCUGAACGUACUGGCCUGCGAUACUUCCCUCGAGGGGCGUUUCGCCGCGUUCGCGCCAGUCUCGGGGGCUUUCUACACGUUUAACGACACUACCGCCGGUACCCCGACAGAAUCGGGAGGAACGUGCAACCCCGCUGUGGUCGAUACGGAUCUUUACUUGUCAGGUGACCCCCCGGUCAGUCACGCAUGUACUCCGACUGCUACGGUGACCCUGAACGGGACGCCUACCGUCGUAUCCCGAGUUCCGCCGAUCCUGGAAUUCCACGGCGGUAGUGACACAACUAUUCCGUAUAACGGCGGAUUGGGUCGAGAUAACUUCUGUCUGCCAACAAUCCCUCACUGGAUCCAGCAAUGGGCCGCCAGGGACAAUCUGCCCGUCACGAACACGACGUCUGCGAUAACGUCCGAGGCAACCGCCUUCAUAUUUGGGUCUGGUACCACCGACGGGCUCGUGAUGCACGUCUUCGACGGACCCGAUGUCAGUCACAGCUGGCCGGCAACGUUCCUCAACGACGAUAACCAACCCCCCGGUUGUGGACCUUUUGGAGGAGGGGAUGGAAACGGGGAUGGUCCGGCGAGCUUUAACGCAACGCCAAUGAUCAUCUCAUUCUUCAACGAAUGGCCCAGAACGCGUUUAACUUAAUAAAAGUCAUGGAGAAUAGAAAUUUAAUCUCGACGUAAUAUA